GCAGCGACACUGGCAGGCAGUCACAUGAUUCGCGCAAAGCCCAGCUGCCCAAUUCCAAUAUGGUGGCCAGCUUGGCAGACCUACGGUUCUUGUUGAUGAUAUUAUUGCUCUGCUGGAGGAUCAGGGACGGCGCCUGCACCCAGCAAGCCCCGUGGGUUCUGGGGCUGCGACUGGAGGACACAGAAGGCCAGGUGUAUAUGAAGGAGCGGAUCAUCUCUGCGCCGCAAGGGGCCAGUUUCAAGCUUCGGCUGUUCGGUUGGGAUCUAAAUGGGACCUGGCCGUGGGUGGCGUUCGCUGGAACAAGACAGGAGGAGACCGGGGUGGUGGAGGAUGCAGCUGACCCGUGCGAGCAAGAGACCCGCCGUGUCUCCGCCGCCUUCCAGGUCACCGGGGAGUUCACAGCGGACGAGGAGUACAGCGGGUUGAUAACGGUACAGACGCGGGACAAAAGCAGCAUCUUUCCCGCUGCAUCCUCCACGGGAGGAGGGGAUGAUGCCAACCCUACCUACCACCACCACCACCACCUGUGCGUGCUGAAGAACGGAAGCUGGGUUUCGGUGGGACCGGACAGGUUGCAGAUCAACAACGACGCAGGUCUCCCGGCAGACUACAUCCCUCCGUGGGGUAUGGCGGUGCUGAUCGUGCUGCUGAUCCUGGUGUGCGGGGUACUGAGGAGUGUGAACCUCAGCGUGUUGUGGCUGGACCCCCUGGAGCUCUACGUUUUCCACAGCUGCGGCUCCGAGGAGGACAAACGGGCCGCCAAGCGCCUCGAGCCAAUCCGGAGACGAGGCAACUGCCUGGUGUGUUCUCUGCUGUUCCUGUGCGCUCUGGGCCACUCGGUUCUCGGUGUGCUACUCUACAGGGUCCUGGGUUCCAUAGCGCCCGCCGUCUUCACCAGCGGGUUCCUCAUCUUCCUGGUGUCAGAGCUUGUUCCCCACAUAGUGUGUUCCGGCUACGGCUUCCAGCUAGCCCCAGGCUUCACCUGGCUGGCACAGGUGUGUAUGGUGCUGACGUGCCCACUGUCGUGCCCGCUGGGCCUGGUGCUGGACCUGGUGUUGAGACGUGACAUCAGCACCUGCGGUGUGAGGGAGAGGGCUAUGGAGAUGAUCCGCACCAACGUCAAUGAUCCCUACAGUGAGUUUGUGAAGGAGGAGUUUAGCCGUGGUGCACUGCGCAGGAAGACCGUGGAGGACAUCCUGACUCCACUGAACGACUGUUUCAUGCUGCCGUCCACCGCUGUGCUGGACUUCUCCACCAUGUCAGAGAUCAUGCAGAGUGGAUACACACGAGUCCCCAUCUAUGAAGAGGAGAAGUCCAACAUCGUGGAGAUCUUGUUCGUGAAGGACCUGGCUCUGGUCGAUCCUGACGACUGUACUCCCAUGACGACCAUCACCAAGUUCUACAAUCACCCACUGCACUUUGUCUUCAAUGACACUAAACUGGACGCCAUGCUGGAGGAGUUCAAGAAAGGAAACUCUGCCCUGGCCAUCGUUCAGAAGGUGAACAACGAGGGGGAGGGGGAUCCCUUCUACGAGGUGCUGGGAUUGGUCACCUUGGAGGAUGUCAUCGAGGAGAUCAUCAAAUCAGAGAUCCUGGAUGAGUCAGACGGCUACAUGGACAUGAAGGUGAAGCGUCCCAUGGCCCCUCUGGAGAUUCCUCUGGAACCUCGCAGUGUCCACCAAGAGUUCUCUCUGUUCAAACUCCCAGAGGGAGAACCCAAGAUCCGCACCUCACCUCAGCUACUGCUGGCCACACACCGCUUCCUCUCCAGAGAGGUAGAGCACUUCAGUCCAGCCCGCGUGUCAGAAAAGGUGUUGUUCCACCUGCUCCGUCACCCCAGUGUCAACCAGGAAGUUCACUUUGACCCCUCCAACCGCCUGAGCCCCGACCACUACCUCUACACACGCAACCACCCCGUAGACUACUUCAUAUUGCUACUACAGGGGCGUGUGGAGGUUGAAAUCGGUAAAGAGGGCUUGAAGUUUGAAAACGGAGCGUUCACAUACUACGGUGUGUCUGCACUCACAGCGCCAUCCUCAGUGCACCAGUCUCCAGUUUCGACCCAGCGUCGUCCUCCCAGGGAUCCAUUUGAGAUGGGAGACGCCACCAGCCCGUCCAGCUACUGUCCUGACUACACCGUCCACGCCCUCACUGAUCUGCAGCUCAUACGGGUGACUCGGAUGCAGUACCUGAAUGCUUUGAUGGCGUCACGUGUUGGCCAGAGCCCAGAAUCUCCUGAGAUCAAGAUCCUGCCUAACAGUCAGACCAAGCUGCUCAACGAGAGGAACACUGUCACACAAGAGUUCCCUGUAAACUUUUCCUUUUUUGACACCAUUGAGAACUACUGUUAGUGUUUUCUGUGUGCAUGAGGUGGCAGUAAAUCCCAGGAAAGUUCAACGGAAGAGGAGGCUCAUGGGUAAUGAAGUUCUCUCUGUCAGAACUAUGUGUUACUCAGACAACCAACAAGGAGGCUUUUUAAAAAUAUAUAUUUUUAUCAGUGAAUCUCUUAUCUCUGGAAUGCAGUAAUUGGACCUGGCUGGAGUGAGCAUCAGUGUGAGUGGUGUGUGUGGCUACUGUGUGUGGCUACUGCACUAUCCUCGUUUUCCUCAUUCAUUGUACGUUUCGAUUCAUGCCAAUCGUGUGUAUGUGUGUGUGCACCUCUCCUCCCUGUUGUAAAUUAGCCUCCUUUGCCUAAAAGUUACAUUGCCUGUUCCUUCAUUAUUAGCCUAUCUGUGUGCCAAAGCAACUCGCGUCAACCCCCUGUGUGUGUUGUCACAACCCGUCCAUCCAAGCAUUAGACACAGGUUGCUCAAAAAAAGCCCAUUUUCACAGAAAUGUGUACACUGCUUUUGGUGAUUUGCUUUAGUUGUUUGAUUAUACGUCCAUAUUUUAUUUGAUACACUCCCACAUAUUUGUCUAUCUAGACCUAAUGGAAGGCCUGUAUACAGUAUAUCAGGAGACCUACGGAAUGAUUGGAACUGUUUUCUCUAGUUAAAGGGCUACAUCACCCAACAGUAAAGAAACAAAUAUGUAUUUGAAAAUGUUCAUACUAUCCCUUUAAGAGAGCUGAUGCAACGCUUGUGUCCAUUCCUUUGCACAGUCACUGUUUAGCUCAGGUCUGAGCUGUGAUGGGAGUGGUAGGUGUGCGUGUGCGUGCCCUCUCCCAUUUGACCUCUCUUACGGCGUGCCAACUCUGACCCAGUCUGCUUUCAUGCAUUCCUUUUGUUUGGCCAAGUUCGCCAUAGAGACAAUCACAAUCCCCUUUAUUCACUCAGUAUAUUUACCCAGACACCAUACAGAAUAGAUAAAACAGACACAAGUCCACAUAGACACCAUACAGAAUAGACAAUGUGUUUGUGUCUGUCACAUCUAAAGCACCUUGUUGAUUUUCUCAUCCUUGAUAGCCGAGUAGGUUGAGUUCCAUUAACAUUCCACACACACACAGAAGGUGUGUGUGUGUGUGUCUUUCAGGAAACUCAAUUUCCCAUGUUGCAGUGUAACUACCCAUGUGUGCAGGGAAUACAUAUGUUACCCACUGUCCUGUGGAGACGGGAAACGCCUAGAUAAAGGCCUGGUCCAGAAGCAACCCCUUGGUCCUUCCCCUAUAACACCUUCCCCUGGCCCCUAGUUGUCUACCCUUUGCUUCUAGGCCCUAGCCCUUAGUGUAAACAGAUCUGAUGAAAAGGUUAUUGCAGCACCCAUCUGGUUCCUUCAGAUCUGCUAACAUAUGGGUUUGGAAUGGAGAUUGGAGUCUUUGGCGUGGACCAGAGACUCUACCAGGGUUAUAUUCAUUAGUGCACACUGUAGCAAAAUGUUUUGAAACGGAAAACAAAAAUAAAUUGGACAUGUAUUGUCCUUAUUGGACAAGUCUAGGUAGUCCCUCCCUGUUUCAGUACGGUUUCUUCCGUUUGGUGCUUAAUGAAUAUGACCCAUGUUUCCCAGCAACCAUGAUAGGGGUUGGCUAUUUUGGUGGCCAUCUUGGUUACCUCAGUCGUUCUCCACCCCAUAAAGCGUUUUUUUUAGUUGAUCUAAUUACAGACAUAUACUAAUUAAUGACAUGUGCUAAGACAAGGGAUUAACUAUGUGAUUCAAAGUAAAUAUUUUCCAUCUGUUUUAACAAUAUUGUACUGUUGGUUAUGUUUCAAGUCCAUUUAUAUUGUAUUAAAAGACCAUGUAUAUUGUAAAAAAGGUCAUCAUUACUUAUGCUACUUAUAUUGUUUGGGAGAAAUGUUGGGUUUUUUGAUGGGGGUAAAAAACUGUAUAUUAAUAUAUAUGCUUAUCUAGAGAGAAUAUGAAUCAAGGAUGCAGAUUUAAACUCGUAGUUUUCAGGUACAGAUGUAGAAUACUGUUACCAUGAUGAUGAGAACCGGACCAGCGCUAGUUUCUCUCCAGGAAUUUUUUGUAUAGAUUUUUUUCCCAAUUCUUCUCUGGAAGCUGAGAGUUGUGUGUGCAGAGAACAUUGCAUUGAACUAUUUCAAUAUCUGCUGUUUGUUAGUAAAUAAACCCAGUCCUUGUAUA